UCCUCCGAACCCCCACCCUUAGCUUAACCUGCGCCCCUUUUUUCUUUCCAUAUUUAUUUUGUUAACAUGCUCUCUUUCUCUUUGUUCUUAUUUCCCCAGCCUUUGCUUCAAUCUGUCUUCCUAUCCGAAGUCGCAAAACCCUAGUUUGCUUAUCUCCUGCUGUUCGAUGUCGAGGGGUCAUCCGUUUAACUGAAAGCGGGGAAUUCUACGGUUUUAAGCCAAGGAUGAUUGGUUGCAAUGAUGCCUGUAUGAAGUAUAGAAGUUCUUGUGGAUUUGUCUUCAUCUGCUAUUACUGAUUGAUCCAAGUGUUUCCUUAGACUCUCACAAAAUGGAUCGUUGUGACACAUCAGGGUUUGUCAGUGGGGGGGUGGAAUGAACUCUUUUGCACACCUCUAACACUAACCGUUCAAAAAAAAAACAAAAAAACAAACUUUUCUCAUUGUCCUUCUUUUGUCCCCGGAAGUCAGGCAGGCUGCUUUUUUCUUCAUAAUAUUGAGAUUCAGUUUGGUGAAGAGGAUCUUUGUUUUUUUUUUUUUUCGGAAAAAAAGAGUACAUGGAUCCCAGGUUUCAAAACUUGGGUUUCUUUGAUCCUAACCCUUCUCCUAAUGCAUUUGAGAAUCUGAGCAAAGUCAUACAAGUUGGAGAAGUUAGGGCUGAUUGUUGCACAGAUACCACCUUAAGGCUUGAUUCCGCUGGUGCUUCUUUUCCUCACUUUUUGACAUCAAAAGGAAUUAAAAGGAAGUGGAGUAUGAUUGAUGGGUCAAUGGGCCUAAGAGAUGGCUCAUCUCUAGUUCUUGGGCUAGGCCAUCCAUCAAGUUCUUCAGACAGUAAGGGAAGUUCGGCAACUGCAUGCACAACCAUGUCUUCAGCCAAAGAAACUGAGGAGGAGUCUUCAAUGGACAUUGCCUUGGAUUUUGUUCUGCACUUGGGGAAUGAGAAGUCACCUAGCCCUAAGAAGCCUGCCAUUGUUACUCCAAAGGAGCUGGAAGUGAGACCCAAGUUUGACCUCGAACUAAGUCUCUCAACUGGACCUGCUGAGUCAGAUAUAACAAGUGUCACACUCAACUCAACUCUUCAGAACAAUUUAGAAAUGCCAAUGAUGGUUAGCAUGAACCCACAGUUGGAUGAAGGAUCAACAUCUUCCUGCGAUAAAAUGAAGGAUUCUAUGUUUUUGUUGUGCACACUACCAAACACCAUGCCUGGCUUUGUUCUUAACCAAAUACCUGGCAAAGCAGAUCCAGGAUCCAUCAUUCAAGAUCUCUCAUCAAACAUGGCAGCCACACCAAAAAUAUCAGCCACCUGUACUUCCGGGGUAACUCAGCCAAAGCAGCAUCAGCAACAACACCGCAGCACUAGUGCAAAGACAUGCCAGUUCAAAGGAUGUUCAAAGGGAGCCAGGGGUGCUUCUGGCCUUUGUAUUGCCCACGGAGGUGGUCGGAGGUGCCAGAAAGUUGGUUGCAACAAGGGAGCAGAAGGUCGUACUGUGUACUGCAAGGCCCAUGGUGGUGGUCGUCGUUGCCAAUUCCUUGGGUGCACGAAGAGUGCCGAAGGCCGAACAGAUUACUGUAUUGCACAUGGGGGUGGCCGGCGAUGUAGUCAUGAGGGUUGCAUCCGAGCUGCAAGAGGGAAGUCUGGCUUGUGUAUCCGACAUGGAGGUGGCAAGAGGUGCCAGAAGGAGAACUGCACAAAGAGUGCAGAAGGACUCUCUGGCCUUUGCAUCUCUCAUGGAGGUGGCCGUCGUUGUCAGUUUCCAGCAUGCACUAAAGGGGCUCAAGGGAGCACAGUGUUUUGCAAGGCACAUGGUGGAGGCAAGAGGUGCACAGUUAUAGGGUGCACAAAAGGUGCAGAAGGAAGCACACCCUUCUGCAAGGGCCAUGGUGGGGGGAAAAGGUGCUCAUUUCAAGGAGGUGGAGUCUGCCCAAAGAGUGUCCAUGGAGGUACGCGUUUCUGUGUUGCACAUGGAGGUGGAAAGAGAUGUGCUGUACCAGAGUGCACCAAGAGUGCUAGGGGACGGACAGAUUACUGUGUCCGCCAUGGAGGGGGCAGGAGGUGCAAAUUUGAAGGAUGUGGGAAGAGUGCCCAAGGGAGCACCGACUUCUGCAAAGCACAUGGUGGGGGGAAGAGGUGCUCUUGGGGGCAGCUGGGGUCAGAGUUUGGAGGCCAAGCAGCCCCUUGUGAUCGGUUUGCAAGGGGAAAAACUGGACUCUGUGCUGCCCAUAAUGCCUUGGUGCAAGACAGGCGGGUGCAUGGAGGUGGCACAUUGGCACCUAAAGUUGAAGAUCCAAAACUUUGCAAACCUGAGAAGAUGAAACAGGUUGUUACUUCUGAUGACAUGAAUGUUGAUCUCAGGAAGUUAGAUAGCAGUGAAGGGAACCUUACAGGUUGGAAUGCUAUCUAUUCAAAAGGAUACGGACAUCCAGCAAUAUCACUGCAGCUGCCUUCACAAGUUAGUCAUCCAAUUCUGAAAGUAAGCGCACCACCAGGUCCAGUUUCUCUUCCUGAAGGUAGGGUGCAUGGGGGUAGUCUGAUGGCGAUGCUGGCAGGAAAUACAAGUAUAGACCCAAACACUGAGACUCAAGUUCUUGGUGGCUCAUCCAAAGCCGGGAUGUCUUGUAUCAUGCCUCACAGCUGGGUGUAAGCUUUUGAUAAACCAAGAAGGUUACCAAUCUCUCCCUUCUCGUUUCUGAUUUGGUAUUUGAUAGAGCUUGUGCUUGUUUGGGUCCUGUGUUUUUAGUGUUGCAUUUACAGAUGAGAAAAAUGGAAGUUUCUCAGUCAUUUGAUUUGUGUACGGUGAUAAUGGUCUAAACCUUGAAGUAUUUGUUUGACACCCUUGUGAAGCCAAGGGGAAAAGCGUAGGCAUUGUCUAGUCUUUUUAUUAGAAUUGGUAAGGUUGUCUCCUGUAAAUAUCUAUAAUAUUUUAUGUGCAGUCGUGUGAAUAUAUCGCGUUAGCUUAAUUCCGUCGAUGCUGUUUUACUGUGUUUACUGGGAUUGAUUACUUUAUCUAAGAUUUUCCUGUCGAGUUA